CUAUAGAUAAGCAAAUAUUAUGACUAAACAGCUGGUGAGUCAGUCCACCGGUUCCACUUGCUAGAGCCAUAGAUUAAGUGAAAAUGUCUCGAUACUACUGCGGCUACAACCCGCCACCCCCAAACUUCAAAGACUUCCUGCCGGAAAAAUAUAAAGAUCGCCUGCAGCGUCUUCCCAACUUUGGACAAAUGCGAAAGUCUUGGGAAACCCACAAGAGACCCACACUGGUGAUGCUCCAUGUCUUUGCCGAUGACUUUGGAGCGCUGGAGAAGUGGGUGGAGUUGGCCUACAGACUAGCUGCCCCUGAGGCUCUCGGGGGGAAGAUGGACUUCUACGUCGAUGACAUGUGGCAGUCGUACAUCUUUAAUGAGGACGACUUCAGCUUUUUCCGAGACGACGAUGGCUACAACGUGGAAUCAUUGCCACUGGUUUACGGCGUAGGUGCGGCUGGUGAAGUGUUCUUCUUUGGCGAUUUUGCUGGACCGAAAUUGCCCGAUCUGGAGGGCCUAAGGGACUUCUGCGAGCAGGUGAUACAGGGGAAUGUAAAGCAAGCCACCACCAAGGACCCCAAGGUGGAGGUUAUUAACUUGGCCAACUGGAACGAGCUUGUGUACGCAUCAGAAGGAGAUAUAGCCAUUUGUUUCUACGACUCCCGGCAGAAUGGCUCGGAGGUUAAUGAAAGCCUGAUGAUAAAUCUGGAUAGGCUGGGCGAUAGACUGAAACAGGAGUCGGUGCGUCUGUACAAAAUGGAUACACAUGGAGUGAGUGUACCCAAGAAGUUCAACGUAGAAUCUACACCCGCCUUCUUCGUCCUGCGCGAAACCCAAAAGCAUACCCCUGUUCGGUGUAAAUAUGAGCUGGGCACUUGGACCAUGCUAAGAUUUGUGGCCGAAAAUUCCAGCGAGGAGCUUAACUACUACAACCGUCGGGGACAUCUGAGACUCCACGCCAACUUGCUUACCCAUAUGAGGGACUUCUUCGAUUUAAGCCAGAACAAGAGGGGGUUUCUCAUGUAAGCCAAUCCCGAAAAAGUACCUUGCAGAUUACCUCU